AUCAUACCCAGAAAAAUUUCAAGAGUAAAAUUAAACCCCAAAAGAUUAUUAUUCCUUGAUAUUUUUUUUUUGGCUAACAUUGUAUGAAUUCUUUAAUUCACUCUGUGCAAGUUGCACUGUGAAUUUUAAUUUUUCUUUCAUUUUAACUCCGAAAUUGCAGAGAGACAAAAUCACAGCAAAAAUCAGUUGGCGAGGUAGCCAUCAUUUGCAUCCCUGUUUCUCUCUCUUUCCCUCGUAAUUUUAUUUUUGAGACAACUCAUACAGCUCUUGCAAAUUGCAACCUGGUUGCUCACUUCCUUAUAAUCGUUCCCUCUCUCUCUCUCUCUCUCUCCAUUUUCUCUCUCUAGUAUUACCGUCAAACCCACCUUCAGUUUCUGGCUUCUGCCGAGUAGUUUGAUCAGUUUUGGAUUGUCUAAACUUUGAUUGCUAUGAGACGUGAAACUGUAUAGCAUUGGUGUCGGACAGUUCAUUUGUUUGUUUGAGAACUUGGAUUGAUAUCUUAAAGCUGAUUUAAGUCUGUGGUUUUGGUGCACUAAUACUGAAAACGAGCUACAAUGAAGAAGGCAAUUGGUCAAACUGUUAGGGAACUAAAAAGAGAAGUAAAUAAGAAAGUAUUGAAAGUUCCUGGCAUAGAACAGAAGGUUCUUGAUGCUACCAGCAACGAAGCAUGGGGUCCUCAUGGAUCACUUCUUGCAGAUAUUGCACAAGCGACCAGAAAUUAUCAUGAAUAUCAAAUGAUAAUGGCAGUAAUCUGGAAGCGGAUUAAUGACACUGGCAAGAAUUGGAGGCAUGUCUACAAGGGUUUGACAGUACUAGAAUACUUGGUCGCUCAUGGAUCAGAGCGAGUCAUAGAUGAGAUUAGAGAGCAUGCGCAUCAGCUAUCGACAUUGUCCGAUUUUCAAUACAUGGAUUCUAGUGGAAGAGACCAGGGAAACAAUGUCAGAAGGAAAUCACAGAGUCUUGUUCUCCUUGUGAAUGAUAAAGAAAAAAUCAUAGAGGUUAGACAAAAGGCUGCUGCCAACAGGGACAAGUUUCGCAACAAUUCGGCAGGCGGAAUGUAUAGGCCUGGUUCAUACUCAGCUAGUGGAGCUUACGGUGAUAGAUAUGAAAAUGAUCGUUAUGAAAGUAGGGAGGAAGAUAGAAGUGGUUAUGGCCGAGAAAUAGAAUGGGGUUACAGAGAUGAUGAUCACUACAGUCAUGAUGGAGAUCGUUAUGGUAGAGAUUAUGAGGAACACUAUAGCAGAGACAGUUACAGGGACGAUGAGAAUCGUGGAAGAAGUCAAAGUGGUGAUGGUUAUCAAUAUGGCUCUAGAGGCAGGAGCUCUGAUAGAGAUCAUGAUCGUAGUUUUGAUGAUGAUGGUCAAUAUUCAUCUCGAGGUAGUAAUGCUAAAGCUGAAGACCAUUCACUGGAAGGAAGGCUGGAGCAAAAAGUUUCUGAACAAAAUAUGGGUGCUCCUCCUACUUAUGAAGAAGCUGUUUCUCAAAGCCCUUUGCACAAUGAAAGGGAUGUAGAAAUUUCAGCUGCAUCUGCUCCAAGAGGCUCUUCUCCUGUAAGUGAUAAUCCACCACAAACCUCUGUUGGAACAGAGGUAACUGCUGCUGCCAGUAAUGUUACAUCUGGAAACCAUGAAGUUGGGGCUUUUGAUGAAUUUGACCCCCGUGGUCCUGUAUCAGCUGUCCCUGCUCCUGCUAAUAAUGUUGAAGUGGAUUUAUUUGGCUCCCUAUCUGAGUCAUUCUCUUCAAAUGCAUUGGCUCUUGUGCCUUCUGCAUCAGGAACUACAACUUCUCAAGGCAAUGACCUUGAGUCAACACCGUCCUUUACCCCGCCAGCUGCAUCAAAUAAAUCUAAGCUGUCGUUUGAAGAUCCAUUUGGUGAUUCACCAUUUAGAGCUGAAACUGCUCCAUCUCAACCCCAGACCCAACAGAAUCUGGCACCAUCCCAAUCAAGUGGUACUCAUACAGAAUCAGUAUCUAAUUUUGGGUUUGGAGACUCAUUUUCUGUUGUACCAUACACUACGUCUGGUGCUGCUGACACUAAGCCUUUAUCAUCAAACUCUCAGUUUUUGCCACAAGAUUUGUCCACUUCAUCACAGGAAACUGAUAUUCUCGCAGACAUUCUUCCCCUCGCACCAUUACCUGGGACAGCUUCACAGCAAAACUUUUCACCUCCUCCUGAUGCUCAAUCCUCAUCCUCCUUUUCAGCUUCAUCUGGACAAAUGGCUUCACAACCUUUUAUGGUACAACCUGGCCAACUUAUGCAGCAAGGUUUCUCAGCUGCAACCCAUCAACCUGCAGCACAAGCCUUUUCAGUGCCUGGUGGCCAACUGGUACAACCCCCAUUAUCAGUUCCCACCAGUCAACAUGCACAUCAACCCUUUCCACCACAUGCUGAUCUAUCUGCACAAUCAGGUGGUCAUACAUAUGGUGGAUUUCCUUCCCAGCCUGGUUCUCUGACUCCGGGAGCUUCAAGCAUAUUUCCUCAAUCUCAGAGUGGACAUAAUGGAACUGUGAACAGGACCUAUGAACAAGGAUCUAUGCCACCUAUUCCUCAAUCAGCAGGGCAGCUGUCACAGAGUGCAAACUAUUUGGUUUCUGAAUCUCCAACUGAUCAAGCAUCGCAUUUUAAUAGUGGUAACUUCAUUGCACCACAGGGAAAUGCAGUUCCCUUUACCCAUCAAUCACUUGGUGUAAAUGUUCCUAAUGUUUCACAUGCUCCUCAACCUUCCAAGGAUAAGUUCGAGACAAAAUCGACAGUUUGGGCAGAUACACUAAGCAGGGGAUUGGUUAAUUUGAAUAUAUCUGGACCUAAAAUAAAUCCUUUAGCAGAUAUUGGAAUUGACUUUGAUGCAAUUAAUAGGAAGGAGAAGAGGAUGGAGAAGCCAACCACUACAAUGGCAAUGUCAACCGUAACCAUGGGUAAAGCUAUGGGAUCUGGUUCAGGCAUAGGCCGGGCUGGCGCCGGUGCUCUCAGAACUCCAUCAAAUCCAAUUAUGGGUAUGGAUAUGAGAGGCCAUGGAAGUAUGAAUGUACCUAUGGGGAUGAACACGAGUAUUGGUAUGGGUAUAGGUAUAAGUAUGGACAUGGGCAUGAGGAUGGGGCAGAUGCAACCACCCACCGGACUGCCUCCUGUGUCCAACGUACCAGGUAAUUCCAUGAUGGGAACAGGUGGUUAUCCUCAACAGCCUUAUGGUGGCUACCGAUGAGAUUUGAGCAUUAUUCAUAGAUAGCAAUGUUAGUAUGAGAUUUGAGCAUUAUAUACCUAGAUAGAAAGGUAAAGUAUUAUUACUCCAUUGUUUUGUUACGAGCCAAUAUUAGUGCUACAUCUUGCAUUUGUAUUUCUAGCAAUAUAUGUAAUUGUCUGUAAAGUAAUCCAGUGUGAUGUAUGCUUAUUCUUGUUUAAUGUAUUAUGCUUUCCAUUCCUUUUUGGGUCACAUUUUCAUACGUACUUUGUGAAAUCAUAAUUGUGUACCAGUGACCAGAUCAAAUAACCUUGGGUUAUUGCUUUUAGUCCCCAACACCAACCAGUGGUGUGAUAUUAAUAUAUUCUUUUUUGUACCUUUUUUACAUCGAUGUUUACAUGUGUAAUGAUUUUGAUGGGAUGCUGUCUAUUAUUAAGCACGACAUGUUGUUCGUGU